AUGGGUCCCUUGCCGCAAUCCCAGCCGCAGCCGUUACGCAGCUUCACAAUACCGUCUGUCUACGAUGGCACCCGGCUUGACUGUCGUCUCUUUCACCCCCAUCACCUCUCACAACUCGAGAGCGGUUCGUCGUGGAGAAGCAAGGGCGCCAUCGUGGCACAUCCAUAUGCCCCUAUUGGGGAGGCGCUUCCGAAUCUGCUGGAAGGACGAGCUGGUCAGCUCGGCCCAGAAUUGGGCGAUUAUGUCUCCGUCUAUGGGUUUCUAAUUCACUACCUUAUCGGAAUCGAUCCCGAUUCCUUACGGGAUUCAUUGGCUGAAUCGUGGAAUCAACGGCCUUCUCCUGUAGUUGAUAAUCCGGAAUCUACGGAUGAAUCUGAAAGGAUGGGGAUCGUUUUGGCUGGUUACUCUUACGGCUCUAUGAUCGCAUCUCAUCUGCCAUCCAUAGAGAUUGUUUUACGCCUGUUCGCCGCGCCUGUGGCGGGUUCUUCGAGUGCGGAAAUUUUACAACAGGCCGAAGACUUAUCUACGCUUUGGAAUCUUGAGGCAAGGUCAGAAUUGUCAUCACAAACACCGACUCUAAAAAGCACUAGUACCAGUGGUGGUGAUGGAAAGUCGUCCUGGUGUGUUUCCAUGGGCAGCAGCACAGGCCUCAGUGGGAAGAAGUCAAGUAUGGAGAGGGCCGCGGCCAUCAGACAGAGUAUUAAACUGUCUCGAAAGAGAUUGAGAGCCAGAUUUUUAGGUGGCCAUGGGUUGGAAGAUCAAGUAACGGACGCUAGUGCUAAUGUCGCCAACGGAGUUAAAGAGAUUGCACGAAACAUGCUAACACCAACUGUUUCGUUUCUGCUGGUCUCCCCGGUCAUCCCUCCUAUCACGAACUUCAUGACACUUUCUCUCUUCGGUUCUCAAAUCAAUCUCGGCGUCACUCUCGAAGGCAUGCUGGUCAAGUCGAUCCCACCGGAGGAGCAACUUACGACGCACCGCACUUUGGCUGUAUUCGGCAACAAUGAUUUGUUCGCAUCAGCGAAGAGGUUACGGAAAUGGGCUCUAGAUCUUAGGAAGAUUCUAGGCUCGAUGUUUGAGUUCGUGGAGAUUGACAGGGCAGGUCACUUCUGGCUUGAGGAAGGGACUGAGGCUCAAAUGAGAACUGCAGUAAGGGAGUGGGCUCGUAGCAGUAGUCGUGGUGAUUGCGUUAAUGAGACGCCGCCCCAUUUAUAG